UACUGAAAUUUUCUGUUGGAUAUUUUGUAUAGGUUGAAAUCAAGAUCUUACAAGGGAAUAGACUGAUUUAAAUCCAGGAUGUAGAAGUAUCUGCCUUACCAAAAAUGUUAACUGUAGGCUUGAAGGUCUUCAUGGUGCCUAUAUCAUGUUGAUACAGAUGGACUGAUUAAGUGAUCUUUGGGGGCUUCCUCUGGCUCUCAUUCUGAUUCACCAUAGUGAAAUGCAGGAAAAUAUAAAUCAAAGCUCAGAACUAUUACUUUGACUUACCCAUUUCCAUACAUGAAACCCAAAUGCAAUAUAUUUCAACUGUACUGUUUCAUUAUUUUUUUUUCUUUAAAACUGGCAUUAAAUGCUACUUUGAAACCAAGAUCACCUACAUAUGCAGUGCACUCUGUGAACAUACUAAAUUUAGAUCCCUGAGAUUUUUCAUUAUCAAAAUAAUGUCUAUUUCCCACCAGCUUUAUGCUGAUUCCAACAUCAAUGAGGAUCAGCUGUGCUAUAGAUUUGUGUCUGUAGGAAUGACUGUGAAGACCCAACUUUUUAGUGUAAGGAAGCAAGCUAUUUUUGACCUAUCCGUCUAGCCAUUGCAAUGUGGAAUUCAGCACAGCUUAAUUUACUAUCUCUCUGGACUGAGGUUUGUAUCCUACAUUGUGCUCCUUGCUGCUGGAGUGAAAUUGCUAGCAACACCCAAUUAAAACAAGCACCAAAUGUUUACUCCUCAUCCCUGCCACUGCUUUGACUGCAGUGUAAACGUACCACUAAUGACUUGGCCUAUAAGAAGGGAAAAUUAUGUGUCACAGCCAAGUACAGAACCAGGAAUUUGGGCUGUCAGCCAGCUUAUUAGAUCACACUGUGUGCCUCUAAUGAAAUGCAUUGAUUUGUGACUCCUGCAAUAACAGUUUUAGGAAAUCAUUUCACUGGCUAUUUAUUUGUGUGUUGGAACAGCCUGAUGAGGUGGGAAAACCAAAGCAGGCACGCUAUGAUUGCAAAUCAAGAACGAAGUUUUAAGAAUGAGGUUAACUAACCAUUGGAACAACUUCUCUAAGGAUGUGACGGGUUUCCCAUCAUAUCCUGUUGCAUGGUAUGAGGUAGCUUUAUAAAAUGAGUGUUGUAGCUCCAGCAGAAGCUCUGUGUUUCACUAGAAAUGAUUGAAAUUCUUUAGUUUCUGUUACAGAGGAGAUCAGACUGUUGUAGUAGUGGUUUGUCUUGAUAAUAAUUGGGCCCCUCGCUACAAGAAGGACAUGGAGGUGCUUGAGCGGGUCCAAAGAAGGGAGACGAAGCUGGUGAGGGGCCUGGAGAACAAGUCCUACGAGGAGCGGCUGAGGGAGCUGGGCUUGUUCAGCCUGGAGAAGAGGAGGCUCAGGGGCGACCUUAUUGCUCUCUACAGUCAAAAAGAAAGAAAGAAGUGGGGUGAAUCCAUGCUCACCUUGCAAUAUUUCACUGGAUGCCUCAGAAGAGCUGAUGAAGAUAGUGAGCAAUGGGUAAGCAAGGGAGGGGACUGCAGUGCUGGACCGUCUUCCUGUAAAAACAGCAAAAACAGGAGCGGUGGGUGGACGGAGCACGGAAGUGUCAUGUGCGAAGAAUGUGUGGAAUGAGGGGAUGACUGAAGAGCUGAUGUCAGGACAGCGUAUGAUCCCUGGUACCCUGGGGGAGGAGAGCUGCAUGGAAGGCUACGAAGAGCCAUGUGCCUCUUGAAAUCUGCCAGUUAAGUAUUGCAAUCGUUGGGCCCUAUCUGGUAAGGGCUUCUUGCCCUCCUUUCCCACCAACAUUCCUGGGAGCUGAGGGUGUCACUGUUGGGCACUUACGCCCUAAGUGAUAGGGGCAUAAAACGAUUUGUGGCACUUACGCACAUAUGUGAUACAGACGGGAUGAAAAUGCAUCACUUCUAAACCCUCAAGCUUCUGUAGAUUUGGUAAUCUCCACAGAGGUGUUGUGCUAAGAUUGUGCUGUACAUUUUGUUUCCUCAUUUUGUUUCCAUAAGCAAAGCACUUGGCUGAUAGCACAGGAAACCAACUGCUAUGGGCAUUCACUUCAAUGGGUGAACUUUAAACGAGUCACCAGGGACUGGCUGCUGCUGAGUUCAAAGAGAAAGAGACAUCCAAAACCUCUAGUGAAGCCAAGUUAUGGUGGGAAAUGCCAGAUACAAACAGGAGAAAACUGGAAAGCACAGUAGGGUGAAAGACAGAUAGAGUUAUGUUUUCCUGUCCCUAGUUGGUCAGAUUUAGGCGAGGUGGGAAUGCAGAUUUUAAAAGAAAUAACAUAAAAUUUUACUAAGGGAAGUUUGUUGAACAUCAGGAAAUGUGCUCUGGUGUUGAUGUUCUAUGAGCUGAGCACAAUAAUCUGGGAAUGGAAACAUGCUGAGAAAGUUAAUAUGGUACUUGACAAAAUACUGGAAAAUAUAUUAAAAAGAACAGUUUUGUGCAGGGCAGAAGGUAGAGCAAAUGACCCACUAAGCUUCUCCAUUUAUCCUCUUUAUUUUUUUUUUCUUUCCCCAUUGAUUUCAAAAAUCUCUCAUGCUCUCAUGCAACUGAAAGAGAAGGAGCCACCCCCCACAUCCAUCCAGUGAAGGAAAGAGAAUUUGUUCAUAGCAAUGGAAAAAAAAAAAAAAAAAAGAGAGGAAAAAAAAAAAGGAAGGAAUAGAAGUCUAAACUUGGGUGUCAAUUCCCCCCAGCACACACGUGAGCAUCAGACUCCCAAAAUGAAGACUAGAGUAAUAUUGCCAUCUUCUGGAAGGAUAAAUAUAUGCCAUUAUUCAGAAUACUAAGUCUGAUAUAUUUUUGAAGCCAUAGUACAAUUCUGAUAAAUCUGUUUUCUAAACCUGAAUUCUUAUCCAUAUAAAUGUAAAUUCAGUCUCUUUUCAUCAAUAUAUAUGCCACAAUCUUAGCUUUAGAAAGCGACGUAGCAUCCUGGAUUUUAAUGAGACAUUCAUCAUGCAUAAAAUUAAGAACAUGUUAACAUUGGGGACUAUUGGUAUUGAGAUUAAUUGUAUGUAUCUUUGAGCUUGAAAACCAGUUUUUGUUUUGUUUUGUUUUGAGCAUUUAGAAGCCCAACUGGGUAUAAAGAAUCCAAACUUAAGGUGUCCAGAUGCAGAGAGAAUGAACAAUGAAAAAAUAUUACCACUCCCUUUUUAAACAGCAUCAGCUGUUACUAUACCUCCUUCAGUACAUUAAGUACAUCUGUGUUGAACAGAGCCUUGCUAUUAAUCAAAAAACUUGCAGACAGCCUAUGAAGCACAAAAACAUUCAGCAUUACUUUCAGUUAGCCCAUCUUAGAGAUGAUUAUCUAUAUUAGAGGAGCUUAUGCAGUGGCUAGGAUUAAAACAACCACACAGCUCCCAGCUGUACCACUGAGGGCAGGAAGGGUCAGGAGCCUGUGACAGCACUGCCCAUGUGCAGACUCCUGAACUUCUCGGCUGUACAGGGGCUGCCCCGGGCUGUCCUGCACCCAGAGCUCUUUGGUGCUAGACGCAGGGGAUGAAAGUAGCUGGACCGCUGGUUUCCUCCAUCCCAGCAGAGCAGUGGGGCACCUCCUGCCUCGCUCACUUCCUGCAGCAGUAGGAACCUCACCACAGCACUGAGCAAAGCUGUGGGGUCCUGUGGGCAUGGUGCGGUGUGCAUCUUUGGGAUGCUCCUCUCCCUUGUACUUCGAUUCGGUGUGGAGCAGCUCCAUGUCCUCUAGCAACUACUCUUUCUCAUGAGAGGUGAUGCCAUUCUUACUUGCUGUUCUGAUGCCAAACAAGCUGUUACAAAACCCUCAAGUACAGUAGGACCUUUACACUUUUAGGACAAGAGCACAGAGGGGACUUUGAGUGAAUGUGAAUCUUUCUGUCUCUCUUACUAGCUUCCCAAACCCAUCCAAUGUGAAGCUGCUGGGAGCUGAAAUUCCUGGUGAACUUUAUGCCUCGUUAAAGGCUGCCACUACGAGGGACAGCAUCCUUUGAGUUCUGGGCUUGACUUGUCACUGGUUCACAGACCUCUGUCCCUGUGGUGAUGCCACAGUGUCACUCAGCACUGCUUCUGCUAAUGGGCUUCUUUUUUCAUUAAAACUCCAGUUCCCAAGGGGAACGCUGGAUUGAUAUCUCUUUAGGGUCUGAAACUGCAGUCCUCAGAGCAGAUGCAGUUGCAUGAACUUUCUGUACCCUAUUUCUCUCAUUUCUAUGAUUGGCAUCUCUGGCCAGGAAGAUAUCCUAGGGCUGGGGGCUUGUGGUCUUUGUCACCUACUGAGGCUGUGCACAGGGCAAGGGGCUAGAUGAUGCCAAUAGUGUUGUUAAUUUCUGAGCUAAGGUCACAUGUCCCCUGCAGCACCAGUCAGAGAGCUGCAGCUCGUUCCAUUCAAGCUCCCAAAGAGCCAGUGUCCAGAGAUGGCUGGGAUCUUUUCAUGUUUUACUGAAACGUUUUACUCGCUGAAUGCAGGUCGCCCUUUUGCAUUUAAUCCCAGCCCACAGCACCAAGCACUUCCCAUAUAAUCUCCCAGAACAGCUGUGCUGUGAUUGCAUUGUGGAUUAUAAAAUGACCAUUUUCCACAAAACAGCUGCUGGCUGGAGGGAUAGCUUGUAAUGAUCAUGGGGAGAGGGGUGGAGGAGGAGGAGGAGGAGAUGAAAAGAAAGAGGGUUUGGAGCAGUUUGGUUUCUCGGAAAAUUUAGAGAUGAGCAAAACAGAAGACAAAGUGUGAGUUCCAUUUCUGUAUUACUCCUCCAAAUUAACAGGACUUCAAGGACUUCCUGGUAAGAUGGAGCUGCUGAAGGUGUUGCCAUGGCGCCGUGCUUUCCUGGCAGUCAUCCUGAACCUGCUGGCUCUCAGCCUCUCCACCACCGCCUUGCUCGGCAGCUACUGGUGCACUGGGACCCAGAAAGUGCCCAAGCCUUUGUGUGGGAAGAGUAAAGCCACCAAGUGCAUUGGUGUCCCCAUGCCGCCCGAUGCAGGUGCUAGCAAUGCUUCAUCCCAGGAUGUGGUGCACUACAGCUGGGAGACUGGGGAUGACCGCUUUGCCUUCAGAUAUUUCCACACGGGGAUGUGGCUUUCCUGCGAAGAGAGCAUGGAAGGGCCAGAGGAGAAAUGCCGUAGCUUUAUUGAGCUUUCCCCACCAGCAGAGAGAGGAAUCCUGUGGCUGUCACUGGGGUCAGAGAUGCUGUACAUCAGCCUGCUGCUCAUCAGCUUCAUCCUCCUGAUGGUGGAAAUGCUGCAUACUGGCAAUCCUGUCUGUGGUCUGAAGCUCAAUGCCUUUGCUGCUGUCUCCUCAGUGCUGUCAGGUCUCCUUGGGAUGGUGGCACACAUGAUGUACACUCAAGUCUUCCAAGCCACGGUUAAUCUGGGACCAGAGGACUGGAGACCACACUCAUGGGACUACGGCUGGGCUUUCUACAUGGCCUGGGCCUCCUUUACCUGCUGCAUGGCCUCUGCUGUCACCACUCUCAACACCUACACCAAGACAGUGCUGGAGUUCAAACGGAACCACAUCAAGGGCUACGAAGCGAGCUUCAAGGAUCAGCCUCAGCACCAGCAGUACUUCAUACAACAGCAAAUAAGCAGCUACUACGAGCCCCGAGACAAGCCCCUCCACUCGGUGUCUGAGGGAGUUGACUUCUACUCUGAGCUGCAGCAGAAAGUGCUACAGCGAGAACCAGAGCUGGAGCUGGAUGAGGUCUUGGGGCAGACCAUCGGGGAAGAUCGCUGUUAA